AUGGCCGACAUACCACUCUUUGUCGUUUCUGAAUACUCCGCCUCCGAGAGGCGCGUCACGCCAUCAUGGUCCAUCUCCGAGUUCAAGGCAAAGAUGGAGUCCGUGACUGGUAUCCCGCCCGGCUCUCAAAAGCUCACUUACAAGACAGCCACGUCGGAAAAGAUGUCAAUGGACGUCGCAGACGAGGAUGCCACCCUCCUCUCUGCCUUCCCUCUCGCUAAGAACGGAGAGAUUCACAUUACCGAUCUUCGCCCGCCAUCCGCCCGCCCCAAUCUCAACGAUACCUCGGGCGUAGAAAAGUACGUAAUGUCCGAAGAGGACUACGCGUCAAAGACGGACUCGGUCCUGGCGUGGAAAAAGGCGCAGAAACUCGGGCGUUUCGACCCCAACGCGCCCAGCCAUGAACAGGCCAAGAUUGCAGGCUAUCAACAGGAGAUUCGUGAACGCGGAAUCGAGGUCGGCAAGCGGUGCCGAGUUGGCCACGAAGACACGCGGAGGGGCGAAAUCAUGUACGUGGGUGACGUGGCGGAGAUACCCGGCGGUCUCGGCGCCUGGAUUGGGGUCAAGCUUGACGAGCCGGUAGGCAGGAAUGACGGUAGUGUCGGCGGGACGAGGUAUUGGGGUCAACCAUCGGAAGUAAAGUAUGGGGUGUUUGUCAGGCCCGAGAGGAUAGAAGUCGGCAACUUUCCGGCGUUGGAUGACUUGGAGAUGGAAGAGAUCUAA